AUGUGUCAUUGUUAUGUCUCUCUUACAGUGAAAGACGACAGCCAAAAAUUGAUUGGGGAUGUGAAAAGUACCGAUGACGUUUCCAGAUUUUUGCCAAAUCUGUGCUAUAUAGUUGAUGAUUUAAACCUAUAUUCUGUUCACAUACAAGUAUUUGGUCUUAAAGCAGAUAGAAUGGCAAAACAGCCUCUCGCAAACCGUGCUUGGACACUUGCCAAGCACCCUCAAUUCUUUUGGUGGUGUGGACAUUGUAUUGUGCUUUUUUGCACGUCUUUUUAUUUUUGGUAUUGGAUCACUUUUAGUUCGUCCGAAGGAGUAAUUUUUUAUCAUGGAGCAUAUUUUGGAGCUAUGCUGAGCUAUGGUGUUGUCAUUUAUAAAUCAUUUGGCAAAUGGAGGACACCACGUCUUAACUGGGAAUAUUUUCAAAAGAUAAACAAAGACGAAAAUGUAUUUUAUUUUUUGCUAGCAUUUAUGUGGUUUAUGAGUACACCGGUUUUCGUCACACUCGUCCCAUAUGCAACAUUUUCGUUGUUCCAUUUCAUUACAUAUUUCCGAACAAAUAUCCUUCAAACAUUCUUUCCUCCACCACAUCCUUCCGGUCCUCCGGGGGCACAAAAUGAAUGGGUCAACAAAACUUCAAAAUAUAUUCAAACGUGGGUUCACAAUAAUUACGAUCAAGCCAUGAAGAUUGUUAGUUUCGUCGAAGUUGUAGUUAUCACAUCAUUUUUACUGUUAAAUAUAUUAACUUUUCAGCUUGCAAUAAUUAUAUUUUUCAGUUAUUGUAUCUUCCUCCGCAUGAGAUAUCAUAUGAAUCCUUACACUCGAGAAGUGUUUGAUAAUGUUACGCAAUUCCUGGAUAGAAAGAUUUUUGGAAACCCAAACGUUCCACCUUUGCUAAUUAAAGCAUAUCAACAUACGAAAUCAGCAGUGAUUUGGUUUGGUAAUAAUAACCAAUCUAAUAUUCCUCAGGGUUCCAGGCGAGGAUAA